AUGGCUAUGGCAUGGAUCUCCUUCCCUCAUCUGUUACGUGCCUUUUUUGUCAAGGAAUCCUUGUUCUCAUUGGCCUCAGCAGUUGGUAAGCCUUUACAAUUAGAUGUAGCUACAAUCAACAAAAAGGUCAAGGUGUUAGUUGAUUUGGUAGCAGAUCUGCCUGAUUCUAGUAGGAUAAAAAUUAUUGAUGAAAAGUCGAGUGAAGUAAGAAUUAUUGAUGUGAAUAUUCAAUAUGAUGUUCUUCCCAAAUAUUGUAAGAAGUGUAAAUUACAAGGCCAUAAUGAACAGACUUGUAGAACUCUUCAUCCAGAAUUGAGGAAGAAAUCUGAAGAGUUAGAUGAUAAAGAUAAAGGAAAAGAAGCAGAUAAAGGAGAACGAAAAGGGACAGUGGAUGAUGUAGAAGUGAAGCACAAAUGA